GUGCACUGGGGACAAUCGGGAUUGGGAAGGGACUCAGAGAAUGAAAUGGGACUGGGUGCUGUUGGGACACACCAGGUGGGGACUAUGGGAGUGGAAGGGACUGGAGACACGGGGAUAGAGCUGGGACAAACUGUGGGCACUAGGAGGGAGACAAGGGGCACUGUGAAGGAACCGGGGGGGGGAUGGGGACGACACCGGGCGUGUUUGGCCCCCCUUCCCCCUCCCCCCAGGUGCGGCACCUGGAGGUGAGCAGCGCGUCCAUGGCGGAGGAUCUGUGCCGGAAGAGCGCCAUCAUUGAGAGCUUCGUGCGGGACAGCCGCCUGGAGGCCGCAGGCCCCACCGUGGCCUCCCGGCGUGGGGCGGGGCCGGGUGAGGAGGGGCUGCGGGAGAUGAACAAGAAACUGCAGAACCUCCUGGAGGAGCAGCUGACCAAGAACCUGCACCUGAGCCAGGACCUGGAGAUGCUCUCCCAGGAGCUGGCGCGGCUCCGCAACGAGCGGGCUCCGCCCUGAGUGGCCCAAACGCCCCCAAAGGGCGGGGGCAGCCGAGGCCCCGCCCGCUCCCCGCUGCUGUACAGAGUUCUGCCGCUCGAGCCCGCCGCGGUGCUGUGGCCGCUUUAAGGGGGCGUUGCCCUUGUGAGGGGGCGGAGCAUGCAACCCCCGUGCCCCCCGCCCCGCCUCAAUAAAGUGCUCCAAUCCGCUGCCCGUGCGUCAUUGAGGGCGGGGCCUGGAGUGCGCCGUGAGGUCCAAUCCGCGUGGCUCGCGCGGGCAUGCGCCGUGCCACCGGAGUGCCCAUCCUAUGACGUCACUUCCGGUAGCAACCCGGAUGUUGUUGCCGCCGCGGUGGCCGCAGGACGGUGACGCGCUCGGCGCGGCGCUCCGGACACCCCCGAACUCCGCUCCAGCCGCGGGGCCCGCGCCGUGACGUCAGCGCGGUGACGUAACGCUUCUCCGUUCCCACCGGUCCGCCGGGUGGCGGCGGCCCUACCGCCGCCCCCAUGGCUGCCCCGGGGGGCGGGGCCUAUGCGGACGAGGAGUGCGAGGUAGUGCGCGUGCGCGUCCAGAAGACCGAAGGGCCGCAGCCGCCCGAGUUCCGCUCGUUCGCCGUGGACCCGCAGAUCACCUCGCUGGACGUGCUGCAGCACAUCCUGGCGCGUGCCUUCGACCUGCAGGGGAGGAGGAACUUCGCCCUCAGCUUCGCUGCCCGCGACGCGCAGGGCCGCGAGAGCUUCAUGCCGCUGCUCAGCGACGGGGACCUGGCGGCCGCCUUCACCACGGCCCGGCCCGCACUGCGCCUGCGCCUGGACGCCGGCCGCCUGCUGUGGGAGCAGGAGCUGCAGGCGCAGAUGGGCUACGCCGCUCCCGCGCCGUUCUUCCACACCUUCGGCUGCGAGGAGGGCCAGGCAGGACUGAACUUCGCGGAUGAGGCCGAGGCGACCGCCUUCGAGGAGCGCGUACAGGAGCGGCUGCGGCGGCGCCAGCAGCGGGCGGAGACCCGGCAGCUCCCGCCCCCGCCGCCUCCUGGCGAUGCCCCCUCGCUGCCAGCCGUGCCCAUCGCCAACCCUGACAUCACAGCCUCCCGCUACCGGGGGCUGCCCAGCCCCACGGCCGGAAGCCCCACAGCAGGCGGCGAGCGCAAGAAGGGCCGCAAGAAAAUCUCCAAGGCCGACAUCGGGGCCCCGUCUGGCUUCAAGCACGUCGGCCACAUCGGCUGGGAUCCCGCCAACGGCUUUGAUACAGCAGCGCUGGACCCUGACCUGCGGGCACUGUUCGCACGAGCUGGCAUCAGCGAGGCGCAGCUGGCAGACGCCGAGACCUCGCGCCUCAUCUACGACUUCAUCGAAGGGCAGGGGGGCCUGCAGGCCGUCAAGGAGGAGAUGCGGCGCCAGGGCCCCCAAGGCAGAGGGGGCACCCCACCCCCUCCACCUCCUCCCUCUGGACCCCCACGGGCUCGCUCUGGGCCGCUGCCUCCCCCCCCGCCGGCGGGAGGUCCCCCGCCCCCUCCCCGCGGUGGGCCCGGCCUGGCCCCCGGCCCCCGGCCCGCGGCUCCACCCCCUCCUCGAGGCCCCGCCCCACCGUGCGCGCCCGCCUCCGUGGCUCCGCCCCCUCCGCCCCCACCUCCGCCCCCGCCCAGCGGAGGCUCCUCCGUGGGGGGGGGCUCCCCUGCUCGGGGAGCGCUCCUGGACCAGAUCCGGCAGGGCGUGACCCUGAACAAGGUGGGCCGCACGUUGGCGCGGGCGCAGGCAGCCUUGGCCUGGUCCGACAGCGCUUCCCAGACCCCCACUUCGCCGCCGUCCACGCCCCCUCCUCCGUGUGCCCCACUGAGCGACGCCGACCUGCGCUCCUACCUGGGCCCCGGUGGACGCCUGCUGCGGCCGCACGACCUCCGCCUGCACGUCUACCACGGCGGGGUGGAGCCCGGGCUGCGCAAGGUGGUGUGGCGUUACCUGCUGAACGUCUUCCCCGCCGGGCUGUCGGGACAGGAGCGCCUGGCGCACCUGCGGCGUAAAGCGGACGAAUACGCGGCGCUGAAAUCGCUGCUGGCAUCGCGGGCGGCCCCGGCGGAGCUGGCCCUGGUGGCGGCCGCCGUGCGCAAGGACGUGGUGCGCACCGACCGCGGCCACCCCUACUUCGGGGGGCCCGAGGAGGGGCACCCGCACCUGGCCGCUCUGCAGGCGCUGCUCACCACCUUCGCGCUGGGCCACCCGCGCCUCUCCUACUGCCAGGGCAUGUCGGACGUGGCCGCGCCGCUGCUGGCCGUGCUGGACGACGAGGCGCAGGCCUUCCUCUGCUUCUGCGCCUUGAUGCGGCGUUUGGGGCCGCGCUUCCGCCCGGGGGGCCGCGGCCUGGCCCGCGCCUUUUCCCACCUGCGGCGGCUGCUGCGCCGCGCCGAUCCGCCCUUCUGGGCCUUCCUGGCCGCCCGCGGCGCCCACGAUUUGCUCUUCUGCUACCGCUGGCUGCUGCUGGAGCUGAAGCGCGAGUUCGCCUUCGAGGACGCGCUCCGGGUGCUGGAGAUCACCUGGAGCUCGCUGCCGCCCGCCCCGCCGCCCCCCCCGCAGGGGAUCCCGCUGCUGGGAGCGCCCCUGGGGCCACGCAGGGCCCGGCGGGGGCUGCGAGAGAGGAGGGGGAUGCGGCCCCGGCCUCCCCGGCGCCGCAGGGAGAAGCGGGGAGGGGGCGGCCAGGAGGGGCCCGGCGGCGCUGAGGACAAACCGAAGCCGGAGGGCUUGCAGCACGUCGCGGGCGGCCCCGAAGCUCACAAGAGCGACGGCCGAGAGGAUCCCCAAAUGUACAGCAGCGGCGAAGGUUCUGCUGCCCCAAAGAAGCACACGGACGUCUCCGCUCCGGAGGAGAUUUGUGCCCAACCCGAUGUCUCCAGGAAGGCUCCCAAGAACCGCAAAACGAGUUCUGCAGACCUGCAAAGCUCCAGGGAAGGAGUUGAAGGCCCUGACAGCCCCAAAGACAUGGACACAAAGAGCGCUCGGCAGGAUGGGAGCGUCCCCGAGGGGCUGCGCGCCCCAAAGGAGGCGGGGGGGAGCCCCAGCGAGGGCGGCGGAGACGCCAGGGCCAUGAGUGGAGAUGUCAGAGCGGCCAGCAGGGCAUCCAGCAUCCAGAAAGAAGUUUGUGAAGACCCCAGAGAAGUUGGUGGGAACGUCGGCGCUACCAAGGAGGUUGGUGAAGAUCCCAUAAAGGUUGUCAAGGACGAUAAAGCUCCCAAAGAAAUCAGCGGAGACCCAAAGGGGGUUGGUGAAGAUGCCAAGGGGCUCAGGAAGGACCCCAGCGCUGCCAAAGAGUUUGGUGAGGACCCCGAAGAGGUGACGGAAGACCCCAGCAUUCCUGGGGAGCUCGGUGAGGACCCCACAGAGGUACGUGGCGGCCCCGUAGAGCCUACAGCCGGCGACGCAAAUCCCCCUGCGCCCAACGCUGCCGCUGAUGGCCUGGAGGACCCGUGGGGGGGAGGCUGGGCUUGGGAGGACUCGUGGUCCUCCUCCUCCUCCUCGUCCUCCUCUUCCUCGGAGGAAGAAGAGGUGGGCGUGGAGGAUGACGGCGCGCCGCUGCCGCCACCGGCGGAGCUGGGCCAGGGGAACCCGUUCCUGCUGUUCGUGUGCCUGGCCAUGCUGCUGGAGCAGCGCGAGGCCGUGAUGGCGCGGGCGGGGGACUACAACGAGGUGGCCAUGCACUUCGACCGCCUGGUGCGGCGGCACCAGCUGCCCCGCGUCCUGCGCCGCGCCAAGGGGCUCUUCGCCCGCUACCUGGAGGGCUGGGGGGGGGCGGCGCCAGGGAGCCCCACGCGUGGGUAGGGGGACGGGGGGCAGCUGGGGGCGGGGGGGCUGAAGGGGGACUGCGAAGACGGUGUGGGACCCCGUAAACACCCGACAGGGACUCGUGAGGUCAAUAGGGCAGCCCCGUAUAGACCCUUGGGGGGGCUGGAGACCAAAGCGGGACCCCAUGAAGACCCCGUGGAGACACCCGGGUUCAUUUCGGGACCCCGGGGAUGUGCAGACCGCCGUGAGGACCCUAUAGAACCCCUGGGGAUGCAGAGGCCCUCCCGGCUUUCCCCACGUCCCCCAGAAUCCCUAUGGAGUGGCCACAGAGCCCAGCGUAGCCCAGUGCCUCCCCGUGGCUUCCCAGUGUAAGCCAGUACAAAGCACUACAGCGUCCCAGCUGGGAGCUCCUGCAUCUGUGCUGCCUUGGGUUGGACCAGUGCGGACCAGUACAACUUCCCAACUGGGAUCACUGCAUCAACGCGGCCUUGAGCUACCCCAGCGCGGAUCGGUGCAGACCAGUGCGGCAGCUCGACUGGGAACUCCAUCUGCGUGGCCUUGUGUCGUUCCAGUACGGACCAGUACAGCGUCGUGCCCAGGAUCUUUUCACCUGCGUGGCCUUCUGUCUUCCCAGUAAGGACCAGUACAGACCAGCUGGGCUUCCCAGCUGGGAUCUCAUCGCAUAUAUGAGUUCUCCCAGUAUGGACCAGUGCACCCCAGUUCCUGUCCCCAGGUGCCUUCUCCCCACCCUUAUUUAUUGUCCUCCCCGCUACGAGGCACCGAUGGCACAAAUAAAGCUGAGGCCUGGCACCA